AUGUUCAACUACAACAAAGUUCUCGUUAUCGGUGCCACCUCCGGCAUCGGCAAAGCCCUUGCUACAAGGCUGGUUGAGAAUAACAUCCCCUUGGUUAUAUCCGGUCGCCGCGAGGAGAACCUUAGGGAGUUUGCUAGUCAACAUGGUAGUGACAAGGUGAAAACCAAAGUCUUCGAUGUGACCAAGCUGGACGAAGUCCCUCAAUUUACAUCAGAGGUCCUCAGCGAGAAUCCCGACAUCGACUGCAUCUUCAUAAACUCCGGAAUCCAGCGGCCUUUUGAUUUCUCCAAACCCGAUACCGUCGACCUAUCCAUUUUUGACCAGGAGCUGGUGACAAACUACACCUCCGCGGUUCACCUCACCAAGGCAUUUCUCCCGCAUUUGCAGUCACAGAAGAAACAAACCGCUCUUGCCUUUACUACCUCGCAAAUGGCUCUCGUGCCAAUGAUGCGCUGUCCCAACUACGGCGCCUCCAAGGCAGCUCUUCACCACUUCAUCCUAGCCCUUCGGACCCAGCUGCAGGAUGGCCCUGGCAAUGUGCGGGUUCUGGAGAUUUACCCGCCGGCCGUACAAACCGAAUUGCAUGAUGCGAAACAUCAGCCUGAUUUGAAGGAUGGCCAUCUGAUUGGCAUGCCCUUGGAUGAAUUUACCGAUGAGGUUUGGCAUCGGCUAGGUCAAGGAGAGGAUCAGAUUGCUGUUGGCUCUGCAAGGGAUAUCUUUGAGGCGUUUGAGCUUAAGAGGCAGCAGCUUUACCAGGAGAUGACGACGAUGUUGUCGGGCCUGAUCAAACAGUUUCUGCGGUAG